UUAGGUGCUGUAGGAGCAGAGAGGAUUAUUGCCAGUGCACCAUCAGAUAGGAACAGAAGAGUUAUUGGGGAUCUUGGAGCAAAGACAACGAGCAGUAACAAGCAGAUCUUUGAGACCGCUGACACCAUCUUCUUGGCCACCAAACCAAACUUAGUUGGCACUGUCAUCAAAGAAAUAGCUCCGUUUUUAACAAGAGAUCAUAUCUUCAUAUCCUUGCCUGCUGGUAUCUCAUUAGAUUAUCUAGAAAGUAACCUACCAGAGAAGUCAAGGGUUGUACGAGCCAUGCCCAAUACACCAACUAUCAUACAACAGGGUGCUACUGUCUUUGCUUGCGGAUCUCACAUCAAAGAGGGCGACAAUCGCUUGAUUCAUUCUCUAUUCUCCAAAUUAGGAAUCUGUAUCGAGGGUGAUGAGAGUAUUAUUGAUGCAGCUAUGGCUGUCAGUGGAUGUGGACCUGCCUAUGCAUAUGUUGCAAUUGAUGCACUUGCUGAUGGAGGAGUCAAGAUGGGUCUUCCUAGGGAUAUUGCCAUCAAGUUAGCUGCACAAACUUUAUUAGGUUCAGCUAAGAUGGUGCUAGGGAGUGGUAAACAUCCAUCAGAGCUGAAAGAUGAUGUAUGUUCUCCAGGAGGUACAACCAUUGAUGCUAUCCAUGAACUUGAAAGAGGAGGGUUCAGGAGAUGUCUUAUAGAAGCAGUAGAAGCAGCAUGUAACAAAGCUAGGAGACUAAAUGAUAGUCAGCUUUAUUCCACUAAAAAAUGAUGACACAUCUUUAUGAGAUUCAUUACAAAAAACUUCAGAACAGAUUUUUGAAAGACAAUCAAUUUAAUUCUUGAUUCCAUUUAAGGGUGAAAAUGAAAGUUGGUGUAGUCUCAUUGACAUGACUGUAUUCCUGGGCUCCGUCUAACAAAGAGUUGCAAUUGAUCUGAUCAACCACUACUAUUGAAAGCCAGCAAUGUCAACAUCUAUCAUGCAUGCUUGUUCAAAAUAUUUUCUCGAAACGAUUUAUAUUCAUACAUCCGGUGUUUUCUUGGAAAUUCAUUGUGCUUCUCUUUGUUUACAAAGGACUUUGUGCAAAUUUCUUGUAGAAAAAGUAAUGACAUUGAUGGAUUUCCAUGUAGUUGAGGUUGAUCAAUCAAUCGUAUCUCUUAAUGAGACUUGAUCCAGGACUCUGUUUCACUGUGUGUCUUAUAUUACAGGCCGAUAGACAUAUGGUACCUCAAUGCAUAAUGUAUUGAAGGAUCCAUAAAACAAAGGUUAGUGAUCAAUCAAGAUCAAUAUUACAUGAAUGUUUUGUUCAAAUCACUGACCAGGAACCAAUCAGAAAUGUUCUUUCAUAAUAUAGAUAUAUGGACUGCUUUGAAAGGCAUGGUUGUUUCUAGAGGCUCAAGGGGACCGCAACGCAACUAUGCCCGAGGGCUUGGUCUGGCCGAUGCAGUACCCGCAAGCCGAAAGAAACAACCGUGUCUCGAAUAUAAAAGCAGUCCAUAUAUAUUUUAUGAACCGAAUUAAAUGUUACUGAUCAAGGCCUAGGGCCUAGUCUAGAUCUAGAGGGUCUAGGUCUAGAUCUUAAACAAGUUAGGCCUAAAACAAAGCCCUAGAUCUAGGCCCCAGGCUAACGUUAGGCCUAGGUCUAGGACCUAACUUAGUCCUGCCCCUGAUGUUAGGUCUCAAAGUCAAAUAUCAAAGCAGUCCAUAGAGGUACUAGGCCUAGAUAUUUUAGAAACCAUUUUCUGGAUAGAUCUAGAUCUAACAUUAAAAAUAUUAACAGUCUUAAAUUUCCAUUAACAAGUUAAGAGUCUAAUCUCACAUUAGGCCUAACGUUAGAUCUCUAGAAUACGUCAGAUCUAAGAUUAAAUGGAACAUUAGGCCUAACGUUAGGUCUUACUUUUAGAUCUAGAUCUAGACUCAAAGUCUACUCGUAACUUCUAAGCUGACGUUAGAUCUAACAACAAUCAACACUACCUAACCCCGGUACCUAACGUUGUCGUUUGUCAUACCUAACGAGUAACGUCAUGAACAUUAUAGAUCUAGAAAGUGCAGUGACCGUCUUAUGAUCUUUUCACCCGACUCACCUUUUGCGAGCAUGCAUUUGAAUGAACAACUGCAACAAGACUUGAUGAUUGAUACAUCUGUUAUGUCCUUUAAUAAGUUAGUUUUCUUUUCAAUAAUGCCAUAUAUUUUAACAGGAAUUAACAAGCAAAAGUCAAAGAUCGGCAUCGUUCAAUCGAUAAGUAAUAUCCGUUGCGCGCACUUGCGCAAUAAGCGCGUGAAUGCGCGAAUUGUCUAAAACUUUCGAUCAAAUCGCGCGGAUAUUAAUGGUAUCCGCAAUCACCUCAGAAAGCAACAUUUUGCAUGCAAUCAAAUGGGGAUCUCAGCCAAACUUAGCUAUGCCCGUCGUUAAGGGGUGGGUCAGGGGGCAAUGGGCAAAAAUCUUGUUAACUAUGCCCGUUGCCCUUGGUUACCACCUUCGUUUGUUGCUUUGCAGGCAUGGUCAUUAACAUGACCUCAAUUUUGACCAAUCAGAGUAACGGAUUAUUCAACAUUCUUAAAGAGAGGUUCAUAAUGUCUGUUAAUCACUAACCUUUGUGAUAGGUCCCUGAUAUAGCAUAAUACUCACAAUCACUCAUUUGUAGAAUGCAGAGUGGGUUUGUGACACCUACUCUGUGAAUGCAUAUCUUUAAAAAAAAAAACACCAGCCAAGUAUUGUGGACAACUUACUGUGUUACAUUUAUAACCUAUUACCACUUUCUGUUUUUCCCCCCAGCAAUGGGACAGUAUACCUUGAAUCUGAAGCAGUAUUCUAGUAAUUUUAUGAAUUCACUGUAGUUCCUUUAAACAAGAUAUAUCUAUCUACAUGUAUGUACAUGUAUGUCUUGCAGGAUUUUAUCCACCUGGGGGGUGUUUCACAAAGAUUUAAGUAUGACUUAGAGUCGCACUUAAAUACCAAGUUGCGUACGGUAUGAAAGGCUUGACAGCAUUGGUCAGAUCGUGUCAUGAGGACGCGCACUACUGCGUGUCUAUCAAUAAGAUCACGCGUUCCAUAUCAUGUACGCGUAGGCAUUUAAGUGCGACUUAAGUCAUACUUAAAUCUUUGUGAAACACCCCCCUGGUCUAAUUCUCAGAUCAUUCAACACUAUCAUGGCUAAACCCACUUGGUCUACUAGCAGAUGGUCUAGUUCUCAGAUCAUUCAACACCAUCAUAGAUAAACCCACUUGGUCUAUUAGCAGAUGGUCUAAUUCUCAGAUCAUUCAACACCAUCAUGGCUAAACCCACUUGGUCUACUAGCAGAUGGUCUAAUUCUCAGAUCAUUCAACAAUAUCAUGGCUAAACCCACUUGGUCUACUAGCAGAUGGUCUAAUUCUCAGAUCAUUCAACACUAUCAUGGCUAAACCCACUUGGUCUAUUAACAGAUGGUCUAAUUCUCAGAUCAUUCAACACCAUCAUGGCUAAACCCACUUGGUCUACUAGCAGAUGGUCUAAUUCUCAGAUUGUCUAACACCAUCAUAGAUAAACCCACUUGGUCUACUAGCAAAUGGUCUAAUUCUCAGAUUGUCUAACACCAUCAUAGAUAAACCGACUUGGUCUACUAGCAGAUAGUCUAAUUCUCCAAUAGUCUAACACCAUUAUGGCUAAACUCACUUGGUCUACUAGUAGAUGGUCUAAUUCUCAGAUCAUCUAACACCAUCAUCAUGACUAAACCCAACUGAUGUACUAGUAAAUGGUCUAAUCAAAGCUAAACCCAAAUGAUCUACUAGUAGAUACAUGUAGUCUUACACUGUCAAGGCUAAAUCCAACUAAUCUACUGUCAGUUGGUGUCAUAAAUGUUUGGCCCUUCACCUUGAAUCAAUUACUCAUAACACCAAGGUGUAAUUUCCAAUUUGUCUACUUAGUAUUUUGUAAUUUGUCAGAUUGUUAUUUUAUAAACAGUUCUUCUAAUCAUAUAUACUUUAUAGUGACCAAUUUUAAAGAAGGUGAAUAUUAGAAGAAAUAGGAAUAGCCUGCCUGAUAAUUGGAGAAAGUGGUAAAUGGGCUAAAUGGCUAUUGAACCAAAUGGUUAUCAUAGCACCAGUUUUAGAUGGAUUAGGAUUAGACCAUGUGGGAUUAGAUCAAACAGAAGGAUAGAUGAAGUGGAUAUAGAUCAAGUUGUAGUGAAUAUCAUGCACACCCCUGAACUCGAUUUGAUCUAUAUGAUUUCUCUCUUGUUAUCUGAUGAAUUUCAAGUUCAGUAUAAUUAGAAAGGGAUAUAAUGGUGAGAUCUAGAUAUGUUAUUAUCAGGGGUAGAUUUUCAGUAACUAGAUUUCCAGUAACUAGAUUUCCAUAUUGCUUCAACUAAGGCCUCAUUGUGACAUUGAGGCUUCCAUCAGUUAUAGCUCCAUUAUCAUACAGGUUGGCCACUGGAUUGAGCAAUCUUAUCUGUAAAUGUAAAAUAUAGACGUAUCAAUUAUUGACAAAUUUCAUUUUUGUUUUUUUUCCUCAAGAAUAUAUAUUUAUUUAUAUGUUUGUCUUGCCUUUGACCCUAAACAUUAGUUUAUCUGUGAAUAGGUUCUCCUGCACAAUUUAUUUCCUGUGCAUAUCGAACUCUAUUUUAAAUUUAUUUUAACUCUAUAUCUUAACUUUAUCUUCAUUGUUUUCUUAAAGAAAUCCAACUUGGAUGACAAUAUGUUCUUUCUGUAGUAAAUUCAUUUGUAUGUAGAGGAUCGCUCUGAUAUCAUUCAUAAGAUGGAAUAUCUAUGGCCAUGUCUUGAAUGUUUUAACUUAACUGUUUUCAAUCCUGUUGUAUUGCUAAUUGGGGAUUGUUAAUUCUUGUCAAAAAUAAUGACACAAGGACUAUUAUUAAUUGUCAUAAUGUUAAAAGUCUGAUUUUUGUAGAAAAAAAAUCUUGUUACUAAUAGUCAUCAGGAUCCAAGUUUAUUAUUUUUCCAAAAUGUAAUUAGUGUUAUAUGACCCCCCCCCCCCUCUCUCUCUCUCCCCUUUCUUUGCUUUAUGGGAAAAAUUAGAUAUUUCAUUUAGCAUAAAAUUGGUCAUGGAAUAAGUUUUAUAAAUAGUUUUCUGAAACAGCACCCUUGUGAGCUAAAGGACAUUAUAUCAGUGAUCUUCUUACAGAAGGUCUUGGUAACUUGCCUAAGAUUAUAUUUUGUGGAAACUCUAGUCGGUUAGUAGCAGUCUUGCAGCCAUUGGUUUUCAAUAAGCCAGUUCACGGUUAGCUCAUGAUCAACUUUUCUCAAAUGACCUUUGUGAUUUUUCAUUAGGAUAAGCACUAUCAUUUUCAAAUGUAGAUGUUGCGUAAGCUUUACGGUAGAGUAUACAAAUUCUAAGAACAAAAGGCAUUGUAUAGACCAGGUGACUAGAAUAGUACAUCAGGGAUAAAGUUUGGAAAUCUGUUUUAUUGUCUGCUUUUGGCACAUUUGACUAUUGUUUAGGCUACUGUCAAAUACCAGUGAUUAUGAAGGCUCUAUUUAUUACUCUUCAGCUUGGAUGUGAUAAAAUGAAUAUUUUGAAAGGAAUACAUGAAUAAUCAUCAAAUUACAAAUGCCUAUGUCAGUGAAUUUGAAAGCCACCUUCAUGGCUUAUCUCAAAUGACCUUUUUCUGCUCGUGCGCAGUUUACAACUGUGAACAGGCUUAUAUUGCUUUGCUUUAUUGAUGGUUAUCUCAUAAUCAAGCCGAUCAGGACAGGUCAGUCUGUUUUAUUUAACAGUUACCAUAGCAACAUAUAGUCAUAGGCAACUGUUCUUGUAAUCCAAUCAAAAUCAAGGAAGGUUGUCAGGUGACAAAUGUAGAAGAAAUGUUCUUUUGAUGACAUUGUCAUUUGUAGCAGACCUUGUUUCUUGUUAAGCUUCUAACCCUUUGAUUACCAAUGUAUGUUUUUCCAAUAGGAUAAGUACAGUGCUCACCCAA